GGAGACUUGUUAUAGCUAUUCCUUGAUAGAAAGUCUAGAAGAGAAGUACCAUCAAAGGUACAAAAAAAGAAUGUAUGUUAAGUAGAUAGAUACUUCAGGUUGUUUUAAUGAUACUGACAAGACAAGAAAGGAAACAUAAGAUGCCAAUAUGUCUUUCUUGUAUAGAGACCAGUCCCUCAAUAUGGUGUUUUAAGUUGGGCAUUUUCAUGCAGUUUGAUGUGCAUUUAUGCAAACAUACUAUGCAAAGAAAUUACCAAAUGUGCAUCUUUGUUCAGCAGCAUGGCAUCAAUUUCAUGAUACAUGCUUUAAUCUUGUAUGUACAAGAUUCAGCGUGCUUAUAGUGUUGUAGAGUUACCAAAGAGUGUAUGCUCAGGAAAACUCAGAUGUACAAAAAAUUGCCAUAUAUAAAAUAAAAAAUGGAUAAAUACAAUUGCCCAGUUAGUAGUCACUAAGUGCCUAAGGCUAGUACAGAUUUGACUAGUGACUGGGACACACAGGACAAGGCCACACAGAGAUCCCACCUAAAAUUAUAUGUAUGAAGGUGACAUAGGUACAUAGUACAGGCUGCAUCUGAAUAGGGACAGCUUUGUGUCACAGCUAGCUUGGUAUUUACUGAGAGCACCAAGCUCCUCUGAUUUAUAAUCAUUAUAUGUAUUGUUUAGCAAUCAAAAUUUAUGGUAUUUACUGCAAACAAUCAACAGACUUGCUUGCUACAAUAGUAUUAUAUCAUCAUAAAAGAAAAGUCCUAGCAUCAUCCCAUCAUUGAUAGAAACAGGAUAGACCACACAGGCUAGUGGAUUGCAUGAGGCUUGGCCAAGUGCAGCCCAUCAGGCAUGAAAUUGGGGUGUUACAGCAAGAUGAACAUGUAAUUUCAGCACCAAGAACAGGUCAGGAAGAAAGUUAUCACUACACAGAACCAUUCUGUCCCCUCCCCUCAACAAGAACUUUGAUAAAAGAUAACAGGUUAAACCUCUCCAUAGGGAAGAUAAAGAGAUUGAGGAGUCAGCGAGAGAAAGCACACAUGGUAUGUCUCAUAACUCAGUUGUGCAAAGUUGUGUUUGAGCUAACUGGCAUGUGAGGUGUCAGCAGCAUUUAAAGGUCAUCAUCCCUUCACAGCUCCUCAAGUGUCCCAAAUAACCUGAGCAGCUAUGGGAUAAGCCCCUCUGUAGCUAAGACUCAGUUCUCACCAAAGACCAAAAAGAUUCCCACAAAAAAGAGGGACACUGCCAAAGAAGAAGGGCUGAUGGACUACCUGAAUAACCCCUCUCAGCAAGAAGCAGACCAGCUACCAAGCAGCACGCUGCCCUCAGACUCGAUGGUUUCCUCCACUACCAUGACAACUUCCACCUUCAGCAGCCUGGGUCACUCCCGCCACUCUUCCAUGUCCUCAGCCUCAUCCCUGGUGGCCCUCAGUGGACGAGAGACUCCUGGUUCAGCCAACAAUGACAAUGAGAGUGGGAGUUGUGGGUCGGCCAACACUGAUGCUUACAUCACAGUCGACCCUCCCUCAGACAUCAACAUCUCUGCUCCACCCAGCACUGAUGGCAGCACCAGUAGUAAUGGUGCUGUGGCAGGAUCAAGGGGCACUGAGAGCAGAUUAUUGAGGAAAGAAGUGGCCAGCCUCAACCAAGAGAUGAGUCAGGUGCUUAAGAGAGCAAAGGACUCAGAAAGAGAGGCCCAUCAGCUGAGAAAUCAAGUGUCAGGUAUGCUGAGUCAACAGUCCACCAGUGACCGAAUCAUGCGAGACCUUCAGCAGAGAGAAAUGGAUCUCCAGGAAUCCUUACGGGCUAAAGACAGUCAGUUGGCAGUGUUAAGAGUACGCCUGCAGGAAGCAGAUGACAAAACACAAAGUAAGGAUUCUGCUCUGGCAGAAUUGCAAGCUGAAAAUAAAAGGUUAAUUGAGGGUGCAAGUGAGAGCAGUGGCCUGCAUAGCCAUGCCCUACAAACCCUACAGGACCGUUUAGGGGAGGCCCAGGCUAUGUUGGACCAGGAGCGCCAGCAGCACAGUGCAUCCCACAUGGAACUCUCAAAGAGAGUCAGCCACUUGGAGGAGGAGCGGCAGAGUAUGGCCAUGGCACUCUCUGAGGGCCAGCGCAAAUUAGAAGAAGAGAGGCACAGGAAUCACCAGAUCUCCCAGCAGAUAAACUCUUUGCGUGGGGAGCUGUCUUCCUGCCGAGAAGAGUUGACAGAGUACAAGGCCAAAGCCAGCCGGAUCCUGCAGAGUAAAGAGAAGUUGAUUGCCUCCCUGAAAGAGGACCGAGGGGAUGGAGGUGAUGCUGGCUCCUCCACUUCUGAUCUUCAUAUGGCUGAAUUAGAGCAGAUAAAGGCUGAGCGAGACCUGCUGAGGGAGGAAUUGGAGGGAACAGGAAUACGGAUGCAGCAAUUGAUGGUUGAAGUGUCUGAGGCAGAAGCAGCAGCUCAAGAUCAGGCAGCCUUGGCAGCCCACAAUGCUGCAAACCUAGAGGAGACAGUUACUCAGGAACGUAGAAGGAGAGGUGACGUGGAGGUAGAACUCAGACAGAUUCAGGAGGAGCUGCGUUGCGCCCAUGAAGAACUAACCAGACAGAAAGUGAGCUUCUCAUCCCGACUACAAGAGCGUGACACUGAGAUUGACAGACUCAGAAAACAGGUUGCUCACAAGCAGAGUUCCUCUAGCAGUGUGAGUGAGCUAGAGCAGCGAGUCCAUGACCUCACUGAGUCACUCAUACACAAGCAGACUAACAUUGAGACUCUAAGUACUGAGAAGCAUUCACUCAUCAUACAGAUGGAGCGACUGCAGCAACAAUACGAUGAGUCCCAGAAGAUGCUGAAUAGAGACCCUCCAACACUCUUCCGUCAAGAUGAUGUCAGGAAUCGAGUCCCAAGUUUUCUCGUGGAAUCUCCUUUUGACAGAGGAGUGACUCGACAUGUGAAGCGCGCUUACUCCACCUUAGAUAAAUUUUCUGUGAGAUUGGGAGUGUUUUUAAGGCGUUAUCCUAUAGCCAGGGUGUUUGUAAUUGUAUAUAUGUGCCUUCUUCAUCUGUGGGUGAUGGUAGUACUCCUUACAUACACCCCAGAAGUGCAUGGACCAGACUACCACCACCCAGCUGGCACUAUGCCCCAUGACCAGUAACUUACCUGGAUCAACACACUCUCUCUCUACCCUGCCUCUUCCCUUCUAUAUUCAUUCUGUUUAUUCACUUGCACUCAUCAUUCUAAUGUAAGAAGUGGCACUAGUGAGUAUUGAAUCACUGAAUUGUUAUCACUUUUUUUGCAAUUUAUGGAAGUUAGGGUUGAUAUACAUAAGUUAUAUUUUAUUAUUAAAAAUAUAUUUAUUUAUAUGACAAGCCAACCUCAUCCUUGAAGAGGGUUACCUGUGAUCAUCAUCUCAGAAUUAUGAUGGCUAGGAUCGAGAGUCUGAAGUAAGCAAAUUGGUUUCAUGUUGAAAUUGUAAUAUUAUAUUGUUAGCAUGUUAGACAUGAGACCCAAGUGCUCAUUGUACAUACAUGUAUAGCAAAUUUUGUUAUUAUUACUUAGUACUCUGAAGGUGCUUACAGAAAUGCUUAUUUGCCAGAAGUCGGGAUGCUGUCAUUCUGAAAUCUGAUAUGUCUUUCCAGUGUCUAGUAUUAUAGAAUUCCUCUUUUAUUAGCCACUUAUUUUAUACUUAAUCUUUUAGCAAAUGUUUGACAUCUUUGUCUUAAAAAAAUGUUUUGUGUGAGUGUGUGUUCUUCACUGGGAUGCAAGAGAUGCUCAAGUGAUCUUAAAUGACAACUGUAUCUCUUUCUUAUGUACUGGUGAAGGAUACACUUGCUGUGGUUUGGACUGAAUGUAACAAGUUAUUGAUUGAAUUAUGCAUACAGAUCUUCUAUGGCAAAUGUAAGAGUGUAUAUACUGUCUACUAAUAUACUUUAAAAGAAAGGAA